AUGAAUAAAUAAAAUUGGAUAAAAGAAGCUAACUUAGAUUAAGAAAAUUUCCUGACAAAAUAUAUAAAUUCACUAUAUUGGGCUAUUAUUACUAUGUUAACAGUUGGUUAUGGAGAAAUACACCCUAAUAAUGAAUUAGAAAAACUAACCUGUAUUUUUAUAACUGUGUUUUCAUGUGGUAUUUACGCUUAUACACUAAAUAGGAUAGGUGUUUUGAUUUAAGAAAUUACUGAAUAAGAUACUGAAUUUAAAUAGAAUUUUUCAUUACUUUCCUAAUAUAUGAAGAGAAGAAAUUUAGGUUUAAAAAUAUAAAGAAAAGUAAAAUAAUAUUUUAAAUAUUUACACUGGGAAAAACACAAUUAUAAUGAAAAUGGUUAACAUAUGUUAAACUUUUUGUUAGAAUUAGCUCCAGAAAUGAAAGAAAGGACAUAUAGACCAGAUGAUAUUGUCUGGUAGGCUUCAGAUUUAUAAUUUAAUAAAAAUAAUAGAAGAGGGUAGUUAUUUUAAUCAGAAAUGCUUUAUUACUGA